AUGGGCAGUGAAAUGACCCUAUUGUUUGCCGAGCAUGAUCUCCGAGUGUCACUUUUUGAUAUUGUCGGCGAAAAUGUUGAUCAUGCUCUUCAAUUAGCGGAAGAAAAUCCGCCAUUGAAAGACAAAAUAAAAGGGUUCAAAGAUUAUGACAGUUUUAUGAAAAGCUUUGACGAAUCCAAGCCAAAAUUACUCUUGUUAUCGAUUACACAUGGCCAUCCAGCCGAUGAAGUUUUAGAAGCGCUUAAAAAAUUUCUCAAAAAAGGUGAUAUUAUUCUUGAUGGUGGAAAUGAAUGGUAUAAAGAUACUGAACGUCGACAGACUUGGCUUAAAAAAGAACUUGGUGUUGAUCUCAUUGGCAUGGGUGUUAGCGGCGGUUAUCAGUCAGCACGACGUGGCCCAUCAAUAAGUCCAGGAGGAGACAAACAAACGAUAGACAAGCUUAUGCCACUGUUCGAGAAAUUCGCGGCUAAGGACGAACAAUAUGGACCGUGUGUUACGAAUGUCGGACCUGCUGGAGCCGGACAUUAUGUCAAAAUGAUUCAUAACGGGAUCGAACAGGUAGGUUCUGUUUCAGAGAGUGAGUUCUUCUCUUUAUACUUUCGUGCAUUUUCAUUCUUCAUUCAUUGAACUAAAUUUGUUUUC